AUGAAGUCAGCCAUUGUUCUCGCCAGCACCGCCGUUCCGGUCGGUGCCUUGCCCCAGACCAAGCACGCCGCCGGCCAGAAGCUUCCUUGGACUGAGGGAGAAGGUCUCGAUUGUCACUUUGGGGGGUUCUCGGAGUCAUGCGUCGGCACCGAAAUCUGGUGCAACAUAGCCGAUUAUCGAAUCAAAGGAGGUUUCAAGACCGCCGAAGAAUGCUUCGCCACACGGGAGGCCAAGCCCGGCUCGACGGAGGGGGUUUGCGCCACCUUGAAGCCACCCAAGCCUGCUCCCGGCCAGACCGGAACUCCCGCAGAGACUCCAGAACAAAAGCCAGACUUCGAAAAUAGCGAAGCAUUCCGACGGUGCAAUGGUUAUAUUCCAGAUAACCCAUGUAUUCGAGAACUCUUCUAUCUACAAGGAUCCGUCAAUAGAUUCCGUUUAAAUUGUCUUUCUGGCGACCUCGCCGGGGAUCAAGUCCAUCGGAUUAACUUAGCCUAUUACUCGAAGGAUCUUUUCCCUGACGGGCCAAAGUGCGGAGCCGUCCAAGGCCGACUUGUCCACCUCACGCCAAAGGAGUAUAAGCCGGUCUGCGACAAAUGUAUUAAGCCGCACACCUAG